AUGCAAACUCCUUUUAAAAAGUAACCAAAAAGUAUAAAAUAGAUUAUUAAGGAUUUAAUAAUAAAAGAAAUGGAAAAAGAAAGUAGGAAGAAUAUAAAUAUAAUUGUAAUGCCUACCAGAAUAGGCUAAUCCUGUUCGGGAAUUCAAAAUUUUAGAAGAAUAUCCCCUACAAAUUAUAAAAAAAUUGAUUAAGGGGUAGUAUUUACACCUAUAAAUUGCAACUAAAUUUCUCCAAUGAAUUAAAGUUAAAUAUCUCCUUUAAACUAAAAAAUUAAAAAUAGGUCAAAGCAUGAAAAAUUAUUAAAAAUAACUCAAUAAUAAAAUAAUUAAGAAAAAAAGAAAGUUGAGAAAUAGAAAACCGAACCACGUCAAAAAUCUUUAUCUUUACAUACUAAUAAACUUCUUCAUCAAAGAUUGCCUUCUUUACCUAAAAGGAUAAAUUAUUUUACAGAGGAAGCAAAAAGUUUAUAACUUAAAUUAACUGACACAAUUGAAGGGUAUUAAGUUCAAUAAAAUGAUAUGUCUUUUGAGAUUGAUGAAUAUGUUAAAAUGAAAUAUAUUAAAUAGAUAAAAUAUUAAGAAAAUUGA